GAAACACAUUUCUAUAAAGUUAUUUCGAGACCCCCAGUCACUUUCUUUUUUUCCCCUUGCUUUCGAGUCACUCUUUUGAAGUUGUUCUUGUCUCCCAGUAUUUAUGCGACCUGGUGGAGAUUAUUUUUUGUUUCUGAUUCAGAUACUCAUACUCUGUUGAUCCUAUUGUCACGUCACAGUCCUUCCACAACUUCGUUGAUUGCAUUGGUUUCAAGUUACCAGAGACCCAACUGCGCUCGCUUCCUCUGCCAAUGGCACGUCAAAAACAAACAGCACCCUUACAACGGGCCACUUCUUCCCAACUCAUGCAUGUGCCGCCGAAUGAAUCGAGUGCGCAGUCACUCAAGCAGCAGAAUGGAGCUGCUGUCGCCCAUAAUCAUGUCUCUGGAGUGAAGGAUGCGACGCAAGAUACCCCUGGCCUGAUGCAGCUUGCUGUCUGCGUUCUGGGAAUCUAUGCUUCUUUUCUGUCAUGGGGUGUCCUCCAAGAAGCCAUCACCACCGUCUCCUAUCCGGUUCAACCUCCGAGCGCUGAGUUGCCCGAACCGCCCACCGAGCGCUUCACAUACUCGAUUGUCCUGAACACGAUCCAAUCCACCUUUGCCGCCAUCACCGGCUUCCUCUACCUCUUCUUCUCGACUCCGUCCGGACAGAAGGUCCCCUCCAUCUUCCCCACGCGGAAGAUCCUCUUCCCCUUGCUCCUGGUCAGCAUCUCCUCGUCGCUCGCAUCCCCCUUCGGAUAUGCCAGUCUCGCGCACAUCGACUACCUCACCUUCAUCCUCGCCAAGUCGUGCAAACUGCUCCCGGUCAUGUUCCUCCACUUGACCAUCUUCCGCAAGCGCUACCCGCUCUACAAGUACGGCGUGGUCCUUCUGGUCACGCUCGGCGUCGCGACCUUCACGCUGCACCACCCGGGCACGAGCAAGAAGGUGGCCGCCUCUGCGGCCAAGGGCCAGUCCGGCUCCAGCGCGUGGGGAAUUUUCCUGUUAUCGAUCAACCUGCUGCUGGACGGCCUCACCAACACCACCCAGGACCACAUCUUCACCUCGCCGCAGACCUACACCCGGUUCACAGGCCCGCAGAUGAUGGUCGCACAGAACGUGCUCUCGACGCUCCUGACCAGCAGCUAUCUGCUGGUGAUGCCCCAUCUGUCGGCGACGGGCCUCCUGCACAACCUCCUGCCGUUCCCGAUCCCGCCGUCCACGGAGACGGAGCUGACGGCCGCGAUCGGGUUCCUGUCGCGCCAUCCGGAGGCGCUGAAGAACGUGCUCGGGUUUGCGGCGUGCGGGGCGGUCGGGCAGCUGUUCAUCUUCUACACGCUCUCGCGGUUCUCGUCGCUGUUGCUGGUGACGGUGACGGUGACGCGCAAGAUGCUGACGAUGCUGCUGAGCGUGUUCUGGUUCGGACACUCGCUGUCGGCGGGACAGUGGCUGGGGGUGCUGUUGGUGUUUGGCGGCGUCGGCGCCGAGGCGGUCGUGCAGCGACAGGAGAAGAAGGCCAAGGAGAAGGCGCGAGCUGCCGCUGCGGCCACAAAGAAGGAGUAGUCACAAGCAUCAUGCUCGAAGGGGGUGUCCAUCCGCCAUCAAAGUUCCCAUUUCACGAUUGUACAUAUCAAGUUUAGAAAUCAUCAUCUCCAUAGACCUAUGCUUGCAAUCCAUCACUCAGCAUAUCAUCACCGCAGUGGUAUCAAACCCUUCCCCUCAUCUUAUCAUCAAUCAAGGACAUCUUCCUUAUUCCAACCAACCACAUAAAG